UGCAGGGAGGCCCCGCCUCCCGCGCGCCAGCCAGGCUGGCCCGGUCAUGGCGGAGGAGCGGCGGCCGCCCGAGGGCCCCGGAGUCGCGCCGUCCGUGCUGUUCCUGCACCCGGACCUGGGCGUGGGCGGCGCCGAGCGGCUGGUGCUGGACGCGGCGCUGGCGCUGCAGGCCCGCGGCUGCCGCGUGAGGCUCUGGACGGCGCACUAUGACCCGGGCCACUGCUUCGCCGAGAGCCGCGAGCUGCCGGUGCGCUGCGCCGGGGACUGGCUGCCGCGCAGCCUGGGCUGGGGCGGCCGCGGCGCCGCCCUGUGUGCCUACGUGCGCAUGGUCUUCCUGGCGCUCUAUGUGCUGUUCCUCGCCGACGAGGAGUUCGACGUGGUGGUGUGCGACCAGGUGUCUGCCUGCAUCCCGGUGUUCAAGCUGGCCAGGCGGCCCAAGAAGGUGCUGUUCUACUGUCACUUUCCAGACCUGCUGCUCACCAGGAGGGACUCCCUCCUCAAGCGGCUCUACCGAGCCCCAAUUGACUGGCUGGAGGAGUACACCACGGGCCUGGCCGACCGCAUCCUGGUCAACAGCCGCUUCACGGCUGCCGUCUUCAAGGACACCUUCAAGUCCCUGUCCCACAUAGACCCCGAUGUCCUCUACCCAUCUCUGAACGUCACCGCCUUCGACUCAGUCAUCCCCGACAAACUGGACGACCUGGUCCCCGCGGGGAAAAAGUUCCUGUUCCUCUCCAUCAACAGAUACGAGAGGAAGAAGAACCUGGCCCUGGCGCUGGAAGCCCUGGUCCAGCUGCGCAGCAGGCUGCCCUCGCAGGACUGGGAGCUUGUGCACCUGAUUGUGGCAGGUGGCUAUGAUGAGCGAGUCCUGGAGAAUGUGGAGCACUACCAAGAACUGCAGAGCCUGGUCCAGCAGGCUGACCUUGGCCGGUCCGUGACCUUCCUGCGCUCUUUCUCAGACAGACAGAAGAUCUCCCUGCUGCACGGCUGCACGUGCGUGCUCUACACGCCGAGCCACGAGCACUUCGGCAUCGUCCCCCUGGAGGCCAUGUACAUGCAGUGCCCGGUGGUGGCCGUCAACUCGGGCGGCCCGUUGGAAUCUGUGGUUCACAGCGUCACGGGCUUUCUGUGCGAACCUGACCCCAUGCACUUCUCAGAGGCCAUAGAGAAGUUCAUCCAUGAACCUUCUUUAAAAGCCAGGAUGGGCCAAGCUGGCAGGGCCAGGGUGAAGGAGAAGUUCUCCCCCGAGGCAUUCACUGAGCAGCUCUACCAGUAUGUCACCAAACUGCUGGUGUAGCCGGGCGUCUGAAGUUAACAGGGCUGUCUAGGGGUCGCAGAUCUAGCUUGGGACCCCAAAACGAAAGAACCUGCAGCCCAGUGCAGACAUUUUUAUUUUAGAACUAAACUUG